GUCUUAUUGACUCGUCUUUGCUGAGGGGGCUUGUUUGAACUGGACUGCGAUUCAUCAAGUUUAUCAAUUUGGCUCUCUCAUAUCCUCUCGUUCAAAUAAUUUCAAGAUGAGUGACACGAACUUCAACAGGCCGGUGGCAGUAAUAACUGGAGCGGCGGGCAGCCUCGGCCGAGCUAUCGCCCAAGAAUUCGCCCUCGAGGGCCGCUCCCUGAUCCUAUGCGACCUCAACUCCGUCGACGCGGCCAUGCACUCGGUACGGAACCUCCUAUCCGCUCGCUCCAUCACGGCGGUGACAGGGGACAUCACGCGGGCCGAUUUCCCCUCCCAGAUCAAGGCCGCCCUCGGCGGGCGCAAGAUCUCAUGCCUCGUGCACGCCGCCGGCGUCUCGCCAGCCGUCAAGGACGGCAAGCGCAUCUUCGACGUCAACUUCACCGCGACCCGGCGGCUCGUGGACGCGCUCGUGCCCGAGAUGCAGCAGCCCGGCGGCGUCGUGAUACUCGUCGCCUCGGUGGGCGGCAAGCUGGUGCAGAACUCGGCCGUGGACCUCGCCGUCAGGAGACACCUCAAGGGGGCCCGGUCGCCGACGCUGUGGGCGCUCAAGCGUUUCCCCUACACGGCGUACUCGGUCUCUAAGCGCUGUAUGCAGGUCUACGCCAGGAAAAUGGCGCGACCUCUGGCGCAGCCCUCGGCGACUGGGCCAGGUGGCAUUCGCAUCGUCACUGUGUCACCCGGUGUGAUUGACACAGACAUGACCAUGCACUAUGCUUCCCGCCCGAAUCUAUCGACCUUCGUCAGCUCCGGCCCGAUGGAGCGGAUGGGAAGGCCGGAGGAGGUUGUGCCAGUGAUCAAGUUUUUGGCCUCGGAUGGCGCGAGUUAUAUCACCGGCGUGGACAUCUUGGUAGACGGUGGGAUUAUUGCAUCUAAGAGACGGGCUUUGAAGAACACAGCCAAGGUUGUAAUGAAGGAGAGGCGUGAGAAGAAGAAAGCAUUGAAAAAGUUCAAGAAACAGGAGAAACUGAGGAGCUUGGAAAAUAAUAAUCCCAAGGGGAAGGCAAAGGAGCCUCCGGUUUACAAGGAGAUCGAGGAGUGA